CUAGAGAGUACGGGUAUUACAAUUUACAAGUGUGUGGAUGAAUUAAAUGACAUUAUUUCGUGCUCGAUAUAGAGAUUUGUAUAAAAUACCAAAACAAUGAACCAUUCCUAUAAAAUAAAAAAUUAAAAUUUGGAUUUAUCUGAGUUGAAGGUUUGUCUGUUCCUAAAUAAACAAAAGAUGUUCAGUUUCAUGAAAAAGAGUGGCUGUGAAAAAGAUGAUAAAGAGAAGAAGAAAAAGGAUAAAAAAGAUCGCAAAGAAAAUAAGAAAAGAGAAAGAGGAAACAUGACUACUGAAGAGUUGCUCAGAUUGGAUGAGGUUCGACGCUCAUUGAAAAUUAGAGGACGUCGAAAAGAAAAAGAAAAACUACCUAGUGGAAUAACGGCUGAUUACAGUGCAAGUUUUUUUGCCGAGUUAAGUAGAAACAAUGAUGGAGCUUGUGGACCUAGCUCUCAUAGUCGUAGUGAUAAUCUAACCCAAAGUGAUAGUUCGGAAACGAGCAUGACAUCUAUUAACAAUCCCGGUCCAUCACACAGUAACUUGCCUCCACUACCUCCUCGACCACCCAAGCGCGGGAUCCUCAAACAAACUCCGAAAACCUCUAGUAAUAAUGACUUAUUAAGUCAGGGAGAUACAUCUUACACUCUAAUGAGGAACACGUUACAAAACGAAGUUAUAACUUAUCAGAACUUACCAAAGCGAUCGGCCCCGGACGGAACCAAUGAAGGUGUUGAAGACUCAUCGUCAAUCGGCAGUGGAGAUCACACGCCUAGCAGUUAUCUGACUGCUCCAGUAGUCAAGGACGGCAAGACCCCGAGUAUCGACAGUCUAACUGACUCGGCAACUAACAGCAGUUUUGCCACUCCUCCCUUUAGCAUGAGUCCUGUCGGAGAAAGCCAAAGUCAUCCAUCAAAUCUGGAGAGUAGUUUGUGUUGUGAUCUCUCUCUGCCAAGAAUAGAACCUGUGAGACUACCCAAGCCACGAGUAUUGUCCAUCUCACGUCAACCUCCUCCCCGAAAUGACUUUGGAUUCUCGUUGCGCCGCGCGAUGGUAGUUCAGCGAGACACCAGUGGAGGGGGCGGUUACACACUCUCAGCUGUCAUCUUUGCUGAACCCGGCGCGAUUGUUCAACAUCGGAACGAUACGGGUCUGCUUCCAGGAGAUCGGUUGCUGGAAGUCAACGGUGUCAAAGUCGAUGAUAAGUCCCGUGAAGAAGUGAUAGAGAUGAUAAAAUCAUCAGGUGCAGUGGUCAGUGUUAAGGUGCAACCAGUCAGUGAGUUGAGUGAAUUGAGUCAUAGAUCUACAAUGGACGGGCAGACGGUGGAGUUAGAUGACAGCAACAUUCGAGGCGGAACUCUAAGACGAAGUGGCAGUCGACGGUUCAAUCACUCAAACAUGGCUAAAACAGAAGAACAAGUAGCUUUGGAGCGCGAUUGGCUGCAGAAGGAUCAUCUCUGGUUGAUUCAUCGGAAUGGGUUUUCAGCCGUGACUGUUCUCUCACACCAACCCGACAUCCACAAAAUGACUGUGUCUGUAGACAGUAGCGGGGAAGAGAUACAGAUUGAAGAAGAUGAAGUAGAAAAGGCAAAUCCUCCGACUCUAGACAGAGCGGAAGACUUGACACAGUUACUCUAUGUCAACGAGUCUAGUGUACUCAACACCCUCAGACAGAGGUACGCAGCCAACCUGAUCCACACUUACGCAGCCGAUGUCCUCGUCAUCAUCAAUCCUAUGGCACCUCUCGCAAUAUACUCGGAAAAGGUGUGUCACAUGUUCCGAGGAUGUAAGACGGAAGACAUGCCUCCCCACAUCUACGCUACUGCGCAGUCUGCGUACGAAACUGUCAUAUCCACCAGACACGACGGUUCUGUUGUAUUCAUGGGACACUCCGCCAGUGGUAAAACUACGAACUUCCGUCACACGCUUCACUACUUGGCUUUGGUCGCUGGAUACCAAAAUAAGGUGAUUAUCCCCGAAAAACUGAAUGCAAUUUGGACCUUGUUAGAGGCAUUUGGGAAUGCCAGUACUCAAAACAAUGUUAAUGCUACUCGCUUCACACACAUAUUCAGUUUGGAUUUCGACCAAUCAGGGGCAAUCGCUUCGGCUUCGGUGCAGCUUCUUUUGAAUGAGCGUUGGCGUGUCGCGUACAGACCAGAACAAGAAUCUACAUUCCAUGUAUUCCGACGGCUGAUCCAGGGCUGUGAUGGUAAUUUACGCAAGGAACUCGCCCUCGACGCUGUGGGGGAGAACAACCCUUACAUUGGACUCAUCAGCAAGGUCGAAGACCUCCAAAAAGCUAUUGGAGAAUUCUCUCGCCUUUGCGGAGCUCUGACUGUGAUAGGAGUAUCAGACUCUGAAGCUAAAGUGAUUUGGUCUGUGAUUUCAAGUAUUCUUCAUUUAGGAGCAGCAGGAGCAGUGUACAACAAGUCGGCGAACAGGUGGCAGUUUGGAAGAGCAAAUGCUGCCCAAAGAGCGGCCCAACUUCUCGGCACGACGGUGGACAAGUUGACGCAGUUGUUGUUCGGCUACUCCGAGACUGGUUUUGUCUCCCCGCCUGAGAUGGACGAUGGACAACUAGCUCUGGAUGCCUUUGUGGUUGGAUUGUACAGCGAACUUUUCAAUGUCAUCGGGUUUUUCAUAAAUAGAUGUAUCACCAUGAAGGUUCACACAGUCUUUUCCCUACUGGUCGUGGAUAGCCCAGGGUUCCAACAACAGAGCUCUCAUGGUGACAGUGUAGCUUUCUACAAUCUCUACAUCAACUACCUGGCCGAGAGAAUCAACCAACUCUUCCAACAUAGGAGUAUCGUGGCUCCAAGGGAGCAAUAUCUACAGGAACAAGUGAGUUUGCUGGAUGGAGAAGAGGAGGGAGGAGUUUGUGAGUCAAGUAGGCAACUCCUAUCUGCUCUAGACUCCAACUCCAGCUCCAACUCCCGAGGGUUGUUCUGGCUGCUGGAUGAUCUGUCCUCGGACGCCUUCGUCACUGACCUGGCCCUCGUAGACAAACUCUUCAAUGUCAUCAGAGAGAAUGACGGGUUGAUCAAGAAAGGUCCAGCUCUAGAUCAGAUAACUCUACUCCACUGUGGCUCCAAUACUCCGGUUGUAUACUCCAUGGCAGGCUGGCGUAGACAAUGCCUUGAUCAUCCUCUGAUUCGCACAGCCGGCUCACUUCUCAAGGAGUCAUUCAAGAAGGAAGUGAGUGAGAUGUUUGUGAAGAGUUGGGGAGCUGGAUUGACAAGUACACUGACGGGUUCUAUCGUAGGACUGGAGGGUUACCAAACACUAAGGAAGGGCUCGACCAUGCAUCGCUCUGCCACCUCCCCUCUUAAACACAAGUCAUUCUCCUUGCAGCUUAAGUUUACAGUGGACGGUCUGAUAGACACACUCAAGCGUACAAGGAUCAAGUUUGUCCAGUGUCUACUGCCUCAUCGUACUGCUGGACUAACUGACACCUCCCCCCCUGAUACACUCAUCAACAUUCCUCUAGUUAGAAUGCAGAUUCGCGGGUUCAGAGUUCUGGAUGCUGUAAGACUUUACCGCCAAGGUUUCCCCAAGUCAAUGUCUCACAGAGAGUUCACCAGAAGGUUUCAUCUCCUUUGUCCAACUGUCACAUUGCACGACAACCAGGAGAAGGCUGCUGUAGAAGAGAUGACCACAGUUCUGGACAUUGACUCGGCCAGCCACAGGAUCGGACUUUCCAAGAUAUUCUUCAGAGCGGGUGUUUUGCCACGGCUGGAGUCCCAACGAGAUGAGAAACUCGCAGGAAGAGUCGUCCACUUCCAGGCCCACUGCCGCGGCUACUUGGCCAGGAAGAGAUUUGCCAAACGCAAGGUUGAACAGCUGGCAGUCAGAUGUAUACAGCGGAAUGUACGCAAGUUUCUCAGUGUUAGAGACUGGCCGUGGUGGAGGUUGCUGGUUAGGGUCAUGCCGUUACUCAACGUUCACCGAACUGAGGAGGAACUUCGCUCAAAAACUGAAGAGCUUGAGAACCUUAAAACCAAGUUUGAGAAGCUUGAACAAGAAAAGUCAAUGUUCCAACUAGAAAUCAGCAAACUAGAAGCUAAGUUGAGCGAGUUGACGAUGGACCUUGCGGAGGAACGUUCGUCUGCAGCUCUAGCCAAUCAGAGACUGAAGAUGGAGAGUGCGGAGAAAAUGAGGCUGGAGAAAGAACUAGGAGAUAUCCAGAAACAGAAGCAACAGUUGAUGGAGAACAGCGAGAGACUGGAGAUGGAGCUCAUGUACAGUCGCAGCUCCGAGUUGAACGGAGCGUUAGAGGGGGAAGGUGAUGACGAGUCUGCGUAUAAACAGCGUUAUGAGCGAGCUGCGCGAGAGCUGGCGUUCACCCGACGCAGACUACAACAACAGCAUCAGGACGAUCUAGAACAGCUUGUGGCACUCAAGAAACAGUUUGAAAAAAAGCUCUCAGAUGCUUAUGAAGAGGUUGAGGAGCAGAGGCAGGUCGUUGGACAGUGGAAGCGGAAAACCCAGAAACUGGCCUCUGAGAUGAACGACUUGAGAUUGCUCCUGGAGAAGCAGAACUCUAGGAACGACAUGUUGGAGAAGAAACAGAGAAAAUUCGACACAGAAAUCCAGCUGCUUACAGAUGAACUGCGACAGGAAAAGACCAAUAAGGAGCGAGCGUUGAGGGAGAAGGAGAUGGCUCUAGCAGACAAAUACACGAUGGAGCAAAACUUAAGCGGGGUAAAACUUGAAUUGGAGCUGAAAGAGCAGAAAGUGAACAGUUUGACCGCUGAACUCAGUGAACUAACAUUCAGUGGAAGCACAGAGGAGGACGUAGGUUUGCUGAAGAAGGCCAAACACCAAUUACAGAACAAAGUUAAAGAACAGGAGGAGGAGCUAGAUGAUCUAGCAGGUCAAGUCCAACUUUUGGAGCAGGCUAAGCUGAGAUUGGAGAUGACACUGGAACAGAUACGUAAAGAGAACAAGAAGGAAUUAGCUCAGCGAGAUGAAGAACUGGAGGAGGUGCGGUGUAACGCUCACAAGAAAGUCAAAGCUUUAGAAUGUCAACUGGAAAAUGAGCAUGAGCAGAGAACUCUAUUGUUACGGGAGCGUCACGAGAUGGAACGCAAACUGGCAGAGUACGAAGAGAAGAUACACAGCAACCGUAGCAGCGAACAGGAACAGCUGCAGAAACUGCGGAGGGACCUCAAGCGGACCAAGGCUCUGCUCCGGGAUGCUCAAACCACCAUCGAACAAUCCCGGUCAGACGCUCCGAACAAAGCUGUUAUGCGACAGUUACGCAACCAGUUGGAGGAUGCAGAGUGUGCAAGGUCUUUGGCAGUCAAAGCCAAGCAAGCUGCUGAAUCUGAGCGCUCCGAGGCAGCGUCUGCACUCGAGGACGCCACCAAGGCUCGCACGGAGGCUGAGGAUCGAGCAUCCUCUCUGCUGAGGGAACGCUCCCAGCUUCAGUCACAGCUGGACGAGAAUGAAGAGGAACUCGCUGAUGUGCUGAAGAAGUAUCGAGCGACAGUACAGCAGUUGUCGCAAGAGCAGAUGUCACUGCAGGAGCAAGCGAGCCGCAUCGCUGAGCUAGAGACUGAGCGAUCUUCUCUGCGUGAGCAGCUGGCGGAGCUGUCUACAAGAGUUGAAUCUAUGGAGACCAUGAACGACCCCAACUCCUCCCUGGCUGUCAAACGACUACAGCUGAAAACCAAAGAACUGGAGAGCAAAUUGGAACUGGAGCAGACGACGCGAUCUCGAUUACAAGUGCAAAUAACAAGACUAAAAGAAAACAAUGAGAGGCUUCAAAGCGAAGUAGAAGCAAUGAAAGCAAGAGAGCAUUCGGCUCAAGAAAAAAUCAAAACCUGCAAUCGUCAACUCAGGGAGCUGAGAGAUGAGAAUGUCCUGUUGACAAGCAAAGAGCAAGAGGCGCAGGCAAAGAUGAGAGAGCUGGAGAAGAGUGUUGAUACAGCGGAGUCAGACGCAGCAGCCGCAAGGUCAGACCUGCGUCUGGCUCUGCAGAGAAUUGAAGACCUGCAGUGCGCCAUCGAGGGAGAUAUGGAGGAUGCGGACGACAACUCUGCGGCAUCCUCUGACAGUGACUCAUCUAUAAGGUCCGACGAAGUCUUGACUGCGCGCAGCUUAACAUUGGGUGAUUCUGGUGACAGCAGCUAUCAGUCUGCUGACCGAAGUGGAUCUAGACUGAGAAGACUCAACGAGCCGUUUACGAAAGACUCCUCAAAUGCGUAACAUAGGGGCGAAACCCAGUAUUUUUGCUUCAUGUUAAUUUAUCAUUUACCAUCCCUGUGCUGCUUUGUCCCUAGGAAAUACUUAUGGUACAAAAUAUCAAUCGAAAACACCACAUAGAAUGUAGUGUCGAACUGUUUUUGAGUAUAAUUUAUAAAUUGUUUCACUGUUAUGUAUAGAGUAGUGUAGAUAAGAUAAGAAGGGUCUUGGACUCAAGGAACACACCUCGCUUUUAGUUAUCCAGGCAGACGGUGUGCGGACCAUCGGUUCUUGUUCUUGUAAUGUAUUAUAUAAAUCUGUGUAAAUGUUACAAGUGAUGUAGUAUAGUGUUGCAUCGGGAUUUCCCUUCAAAUGUAUUAUUAGCUUCUGUACCGAUUAAUUUUUGUACAAAUUCCAUCUAAUAUUGUAUUUAAUGUUAAUUCGCUCUCGUUAAAUAUUGUAUUUAUUUUUAGGGGCAGCUAUGUAAUAUAAAGGUUUCUGUAUCAAAUAGAUGUUGUCGAGUUUAAAUAUUUAACUGUUAUAGCGAAUUUUCUAAUCGAGUACUUAUUGUAAUAGAUUUGCUCUCUGAUACCUGUACAAAUGAGAAGUUAGCGGCAAAUAAAUAAAUGAACAUAUAUAUUAUUUUCCUAUCGUGUCAGGGUUUGAAUUGUAGUUAAUCGUGUUUUAUUGUGAUUCUUGAGGGCUGCAAACAACUUGAAUGCCAAGUGAUAGUGCUGAAUUUGCUAUUUAUAAAACAUGGUGGUCCUGUAGCCUGCAGAUGCAAUGUAGAGGAAUUUAUUAUAAAAUUACUUAUUUAUGUAAGUUAUUUUAAGAUUUAGACAUUACGAAUAUCGAUCAAUUUGUAUGUUUAAUUUGUUCGUUAUUUUUACUCGAAUUACUUUGUUCAAACAUAACACUUCAUAGUAAAAUUGUUUAAGCUUUGAAUUGUGAAAUAAAAUUACCUUUUAAAACAUUAAAAUAUGUUUUUCACCGUGGAAUCUUACAUAAUUGUUACUAUGAUAAUACUUUGAAUGGAACAAUGUCAGUGCCUAGCAUUAUUUAUUACCUUAUUAUUAUUAUAUUAAAUUUGUUAAAUUUCCUUGCUCUGUUCGAACUCCUAACCUAGCAGUAUGUUAUUCGUAUCACUUUCUCAACUUUUUCUAUUUUAUUCACUUCUUUGUACUCCAAAAAAGUUGUGAAACACUUAUAAUAUUGGCACUGAUUUCCCUUGUGAGGGUGCUUUACUUUGUUUGUACUUGUUAUGUUAUGGUGUUUAAUAAACUAUUCCAAAACAAUGCUUAUGUUUUUGUAGAUUUAGCUUAUACUUUUUAGUCAUUGAACAAACUAUUCUAAUUGUGGGUUUACUUUACAGGUACUACUUUACAGGUACUAUCCUUAACCCUUUUAGUGCCGUAGCAUCGCUCAUAGCGACGCAAUGUGAUAAUAAAAUAAUAUAUUAAUUGUCAAGCGUCGCUGACGGCGACUCUCAGUAUUUUAUACAGGGUUGGGCAAAUGUGUGGAUACCCCUGGUUAACUUUUUAAUGGGCGACACCAGGAAAACUAAACUCCACAUACCUUCAUAAAAAAUAAAACUGCACUUUUUGGACGGUAUCGCAAUUUUUCCUGGGACCCCAAAAUGGGGUAUUUUGGGGUAGCUCCAAAAUUUUAAAUGUAAAGCCCCAUCGAGUGACACCUCAUUUUAAAGGCCUUUAUUAAAGAAGAAUAUCAGCGAAAACUAGAGGUCUCUAUCUCAACCCAGUACGACAUGGCAAUCAUUUUAAAUUUUCAUCAGCCUGAGAGAAACUUUUAAUGAGGUUAAACUGUACGAUGAAUUUUCAAAUGACCGCCAUGUCGUACUGGGUUGAGAUAGAGACCUUUAGUUUUCUCUGAUAUUCUUCUUUAAUAAAGGCCUUUAAAAUGAGGUGUCACUCGAUGGGGCUUUACAUUUAAAAUUGUUGAGCUACCUCAAAAAAACCCCAUUUCGGGGUCCCGGGCAAAAUUGUUAUACCGACCAAAAAGUGCAGUUUUGUCUCUUAUGAAGGUAUGCGGAGUUUAGUUUUCCUGGUAUAACCCGCUAAAAAGUUAAUAUGGGAUAUUGAUGCCUACAUUUAAGUACCCAUUUAAACACCCAACAACAUACUGGCUUUAAAAACACGUUGUUUUGAUUCAAAAGCUACCGGAUAUCAGUUUUGUAGCAUUUUCGUUGCCUUUGGUCUGUUAGCAGACACCAUUUUAUCCAUUUUCGUCAUAGAUGACAUCUGGUAUCAUCUGUUUGACGUUUUUUUUUUGGUUUUCAAGUUGAAGUUAUGUGUGCGAAUACGGCUAGAGAAGUUUUUCACUAUUUUUUUCUUUUAUACAUUGGCAAAGGUUAUUUAUUAGUAAUGAUAACAAUCUUCACUGACAACAAAGUAAAACAUAAUAGUUAUUUAUAUUACAGAAUUCCAGUUUGGCAUUGCUUAGCAACCACAUAUUUGGGAUUGUUAUAUAUUAUUUUUAUUGAAUUUUUUCAAACUUGUUUGGAACUAAAUUUGAUUAUCUAUACAUCAAUUUUGAUCCGACUGUUAUGUUGAAUAAAAUAAUAAAAUUGUUUAGCAUAACUUAUAUUCAUAGUAACAAUAAAUUUAAAUAAUAAUUUUUGUUUUAAAAAAAUAUUUUUUGGUCCUAAUUUAUUGUGAAAUUUUGUGAUAUCUUAAACCAUUUCAUAGAGAAUUUAUUCAUGCACAAAAUUAAAAAAAUACACAGAAACCUCUAAAAUUGUAUUUUAUAUAAACUACUGCAUUUUCCUUUGAAAUUAGCUCGACAAUUUAUCCAUAAGAAAUAGGCAUGACGGCACUCAAGGGGUUAAUAGUGUAGCAAUGUUUUUUAUACAUCCUGAAAACAUGUUUUGUUGAAAUUCGCCCCAUUUGGAUGUGUAGUUGUUGAGAUAAAACUUAGAUUACAUCUAUUUAUUAUUGAGCAAUUAAUGAUUUCAAAUUAUUUUGAGGCACCAAAGCACAAUGUUAUAUAGUUAUCUAGUUUUUGUAUCCAAACAGUUUUGAUGUUACCAUGUGAAGGGUGUAAUAUAAUUUAUAUUUUCUUUUGUUUCUGGACUUAUACCUUUUAUAGUAGUUUUCAUAUUUAUAUAUUUAACUGAAUUUGUUUUCAUCCUCUCAGUGUUUUAAUAUUUACUUUACCAUUAUAUGAAAUAAAAUGAUUAUU